CAGCUGGGAGCUAACUAGUAUUUACUGCAGAGCCUUAGGAGCCCUUCAGGGCUGGCAAUGGGUGGGAGUUGGUUCCAAAGACAACCCUCUAGACCCGUGUCCACACAGAUCUGGCUUCCAGGAAGUUGGUGACGGUGAGAUUAAGGGUGGAGACACUGUCCAGCUCGCCACACUUUAGACUUUUCCAACCUUUUCUGUCCACGGGUUAAUUUGUGACUCACGGGAGGAAGAAGAGACAAAUAUUCCCCUGAGGCAGGGAGGAGGCCACACCCACUUUUCCCGGUUAAGAAGAUUUCACCGGAGCCCUCAGAGAAUCCCAUAGGAUCUGGGGGAACAGGUCGGGUCCGGAUCGCUGAGACUCACUAACAACUGUCCCUGGUGGAGACAGACCCUGGGCUCCCUAGCAGCUGCCAAGGCCUGACACUGCGCUUGUAAAACUGCAUUUGGCCAAUUUGAGACGAGUUGGAAGAGAAGAAGGUAAGGAGGAAGACAUGACGGAGGAGGCAGGCAGAUCUCUCCAAGUUCGAAGUCAGCCUGGUCUACAGAACGAGUUCCAGGACGUCCAGGACUACCCAGAGAAACUCUGUCUUGAAAACCAAAACAAAACUAAAUGGAAACAUUAGUGGUGAAUGUGUCUUGGGACAGGAAGUAUUAUACCACCAUCGAUGAAGGCGAUUAUGAGUAUGAUUAUGAAUUUUACAGCGGACUACCACUGGAUGACCCCGUAGACUACCCAGCUGGCGGUUACAUCUCCAGUGAUGUCUACUUCAUAAGUCUGCUUCUGCUGUAUACAGCCAUUUUCCUGGUGGGUGUGCCAGGCAACGCCAUGGUGGCUUGGGUGACCUGGAAAGAGUCCCGCCACAGGCUGGGGGCCUCUUGGUUCCUGCACCUGGCCGUAGCUGACUUGCUUUGCUGUGUGUCUCUGCCCUUCCUGGCUGUGCCCAUCAUCCGAAAGGGUGACUGGCCAUUUGGGGCAGUAGGCUGCUGGCUGCUGCCCUCAGUCACUGUCCUGUCUAUGUACGCCAGCGUGCUGCUCCUGACCGCUCUCAGCGCUGACCUCUUCCUACUGGCUUUCAGGCCCUCCUGGAAGGCAGCUGACCACCGGACACUCUCAGUGCGGGUGGCCCACGUCUCUUCCUGGAUGCUGGCCCUGCUGCUCACGGUGCCCUCUGCAGUCUACCGUAGGCUACAUCAGGAGUACGCCUCUUCCAAGCUUGCAUGUGGCAUAGACUACAGGGGAUCAUUGGCGGCAGAGGCCACCAUCACUGCUGUUCGAUUUCUCCUCGGCUUCCUAGGGCCAUUGGUGUUCAUGGCCGUUUGCCACGGCAUCCUCCAACGGCAAUUGACCCGACGUCACUGGCCACUGGGCACAGCUGUCGUGGUGGGGUUUUUCGUCUGCUGGACCCCUUACCACAUCCUGAGGAUCAUAAUUGCGGUAGCUAAGCCAUUCUCCUUGUUCCUUUCCCGGGUCUUGUUUGCUGAGCCUCUGGUUACAGGCCUGGCCCUUGCUCACAGUGCUCUCAAUCCUAUAAUGUUUUUGUAUUUUGGAAGGAAACAGCUCUGUCAGUCACUCCAGGCUGCUUAUCACUGGGCCCUGAGGGAUCCGCAGGAUGAGGAGACUGUGGUGAGCAAGGAAUCCACCAUCCAUGAGGUGAUAUCUGAGGUGGUGCUGUAGCCAAGAGGGAUUUGAACUGCCUAGGCCGGUUCACGAUUGUGCAGCUUCAGGCACGCCUGGGGCCAGGAGCUCAGUGACAGCUUUGUUCUUCAUUCUGAUGGGGAAGUCCUAUGUAUAUGUCAAUAAAGCACUGUUGGGCCAAUAGGAAUUUAGAUAGUUGGGACUAGGAGUCCAAGAGGACUCUGGGAAGGAGAAACACAAGAGAGUCAAGAUGUAAUG